AUGGUAUGGUACUUGGACCUUGGAUGGAAACAUUUAGAAACUCCAGAUUGGUCAAAAUUCUUAGGUAGGCCUAUGUUGACUCAUCUUUACUUUGAUUACAAUGAACUUACCUCUGAAUUUCCAGAUUUCAUACUCCAUUGCCCCAGCCUCACUAACCUUUAUUUGUCAUACAACUAUUUCACUGGCAUAAUACCUGAGUUGGUAUUCACCAAUCUUACCAAGCUUGAAUAUCUUUCUCUCUCCGGUAAUUCAUUUCAAGGGUUAUUAUCAUCAAAUAAUACAAAGCUUUUGAAGCUCAAAUAUCUUCUUCUGGGUAACAACCAGUUUGUCGGUUCAAUUCCUGAGGAGAUUGGAUUACUUUCAGAUCUUCAAUCCAUUCAGCUGGAUAACAAUUCAUUCCAAGAAAAGAUUCCUUCUUCUAUAGGCCAACUCAGAAAGCUUCAGAUACUUUUUCUAGAUAUGAAUUCACUUACCGGACCCUUACCUUUGUCCCUGUCCAAUCUGUCCAAGAUAAAUUAUUUGCACAUAUCGGAUAAUUUUCUUUCUGGCGAGAUCUCAACUUAUUUUGUCACCAAUUGGACUGACUUGCAAUAUUUAGAGCUUCAAAACAAUUCCUUCACUGGUAAAAUUCCACCUGAGAUUGGAGUCCUAAAAAAAUUGUUAUAUUUGUACCUUUCGGCAAUCCAACUCUUUGGUCCAAUUCCUCCAACAAUUUGGAAUCUCAUAAACCUCGAAUCCUUGAACCACUUUGACAACUAUCUCAAUGGAACAAUUCCACCUCAAAUUGGGAAUUUGAAACUACUGACUGCUUUUGAUCUGAGUAAAAACCAAUUAAAUGGUGAAAUCCCAGCUCAGGUAGUUCGCUUGACUCAAUUGUCCUAUCUAAGCCUCGAAUCAAAUGAAUUCACUAGUGAAAUACCACUUACCAUUUGCAACCUGAGUUCCCUUGUGGUUCUUAAUCUAUAUAAUAACAGCUUGGUCAAUAAGAUUCCACAAUGUCUGGGAAACAUUAGCAAUAAACUCUUUGUGCUAUAUCUGCGGAUGAAUCGCUUUUGUGGGACUGUUCCAGCAAUAUUCACAAAGUGCAAUUGUAGGUGCAAAAUUUCACCCAACCAAUUACAAUCGAGAGAAAAUAAUACAACACACUCAACAAACAAUCAGAAUAAACAAGAACAGUGUCUGUUGAAGAAUUGA